AUGCAGCCUAGACAAUUUGGAGUUUACAUGGGACAUAUGCUUGGAAAUAAAGAAGUAAAUGCCACAUUAGUGAAUCAUCCUGUUGAUUCUUUAGCAUCUGGCUUAAAUAUCUACGGGAAGAAGAAAUCCUUUAGCAAAAGAAAGGAUGCAAGUGAAAUAGAAGUUGCAGACUAUUUACAUCCUAUGCAAUCUAUCUUUUUGGGUUCUGAUCGUAGGUACAAUAGAUACUGGCUUUUCUUGGGCCCUUGUGAUGCAAAUGAUCCCGGCCACAAGAGGAUUUAUUUUGAAUCUUCUGAAGAUGGUCACUGGGAGGUGAUUGAUACUGAAGAGGCUAUGUGCACCUUGUUAUCAACUCUGGAUCGUAGGGGUACACGAGAGGCUUUCCUUUUAGCAUCUCUGGAAAAAAAAGAAGCAUCUCUUUGCCAAGCAAUGUCCAGUAUGCUGAAUUAUACUGGAAUUAGGCUAUUAACCCAAUCUGAACUGAAUAUGUCUAAAGAAGACACUUCAUCAGCUUUGUCUGAUGUAGAUAACAACCUAUACCUGACUGAGAUACAAAAUGAUAUUCCAGGUUCUGCUGCUGCCAUGGUUUCUGAACCUGUAAAAAAAGAACAGCAAAAAGAGAAAUGGUGUCGUCUCCAAGCAUUUGAUGCGUGGAUAUGGAACUCUUUUUAUUAUAACCUUAACGUUGUUAAACAUAGCAAAAGAUCGUAUCGUGAUUCAAUUACUAGAUGUGAACGUUGUCAUGAUCUGUAUUGGAGAGAUGAGAAGCAUUGUAGAAUUUGCCAUACCACAUUUGAGCUUGAUUUUGAUUUAGAAGAAAGAUAUGCCAUCCAUAUAGCCGCAUGUCAGGAAAGUACAGAAACUGAUAAGUUCCCCAAGCACAAAGUCCUAUCAUCACAAUUGCAAUCACUCAAGGCUGCCAUUUAUGCAAUUGAGUCAGUUAUGCCUGAAGAUGCCUUGGUGGGUACUUGGACAAAGUAUGCUCAUAACCUAUGGGUGAAACGAUUAAGACGGACAUCAACUCUGGUGGAGUUUUUACAGGUUCUCGCUGACUUUGUCAGUGCCAUCAAUGAGGAUUGGUUAUAUCAAUGCAACAUUGCUCUAGAUUCUAAUUCUGUCUUGGAAGAAAUCAUUGCAAGUUUUCUGACCACGCCACAGACAUCAUCUGCGAUUGCACUCUGGUUGGUAAAAUUGGAUGCUUUGAUUUCUCCUCACUUGGAAAGGGUUGAAUCUCAAAAGAAACAAGGACUGGGUGCCAGCUUUAACGGCAAGAAUGCUCCUGGUCAAUAAAUUUUCUUUUGGGUCUAGCACAUAAUACAGGAAGUAUUUACAUCUACGUUAGAUGCCUGGGGCACUUGUUCUGCACCUUACGUUCAUAUGUUUGAAGUACCACAUGCGUAUCAUCUAAUAUCACUGCACCAACUUGGUACUUACUACCUUACUGGUUUGUGCAAAUGAUGCUCUGGACUCAUCCCAUUUUUGACAAUCACUGUGCUAGGGUGCCUUUGAGUGAUUAGUCAAUGUACAGCAUGUGUUAGUUUUUGGUUUUUUCUUCCCCCUGCCAUAAAAUUUACAAAUUUGGUAUACUAUCAGUCGCCAAUUUCUGUAAUUUAACUUGCAACCUCACCAUAAUUUCAUCAGAGAAGAAUGCUCUGCACUUCAGUUUUAGAUGAGAAAAGGAAUAAAAUUUUGUUGUGGCG